GUCACAAGGUUCUCUCAGAUGAAGUUUCUCCAGGGAGUUUAAUUAGUGUGGUGGCACCUGACCCACAAGCAGAGCGCAGUCGCAUCAGUUCAGUAAUGCAAAAUUGCCACCCCACCAUGUGCCUAAGUGAUGGCAUGAGUUAUGGAGGACGAUUUCAGCUAAUUGGUCCAGAUGACAAUGUCCUAUUUGAGACAUCUGGACACCUGGUAUCUGUCACAGCCCUUUCAUUUAUACCACAACUGGCUUCUCUUGUUGUUGGUUACAACUUUGGGGCUUUCCAGAUUAUCAACUUGUCAACACUUACAAUAGAUUGUGCAAGCCCUUAUGAAGCCAAUAUGCCACCUGUGAUUUCAUUUGCCUGUCAAGAGCCAGAAAAUGAUCCUAAAAACUUUGUUUAUCUUUGGUUGUGCCGUAGUUUUCGUCCCACAGCUGGACCAGUUCCUGAGCAAAGUUUGUGCCUCUUUGGAUGGGUAGGGGGCACACUUGAAGAGGGCCACAUCUCUCUUAACCACUACUUAGCUGUGUUUGACAUUAAUCAGUGGUAUCAGGCACAAAUGCCCUCAAACUUGAAACUUGAGAAGAACAGCCUUUGCCCCUACAUGAGCUUUCACAUACUAGAUAGAGUGCCUGGACAUAGUACUAAUGGUGGCUUAAGUGAAAUUGUCUUGGGUGCUGCCCCAAAGCCUGCAUCAUGGGCACGACACAUGUCUCGCACUUGUAAUGAAAGCGAUUGGUUCCCUGCAGCAUUGUCAUAUGAUGCUCAUUUGCUGACAAGUGAAGGUUUAAUGGAGUACCGAUGUCAGAGUGCACAGCAGGCAGCACUAACUUACCUCACCUCUAAUGGACCAUCAGCAAUUGUGAGCCCAGAGGAGUCUUAUGCUAUGUGUGUAUUUGCUGGCCUUGUAUCUCCUGAUGUCCAUCCCACCACCACCACUGGUUCUUCCAUGGUAAUUGAACGUGAGGCCCUCUUGAAUGUUGCACUAGAUCAGCAGUUAGUAUCUCUCUUGGUCCAGUGUGUUGCCGAGUUCUCCGAAGGACGCUUUACAAACCUUGGUUGUUCACUGCCGUCUCUGCUGGAAUGGUCAUGGUCUCGAGUGUCUGCAAUCAAGACUGCAAACGACAGUCUUAGUUUUCCAUUAUUUGAUCCUGAUGGUGGAGUGAUGAGUUCUGAGAGCAUUACAGCACUUCACCAAAACCUGACGAGUCUUGCCUCCCUCACCACUAUCAUCACCACCAUUCGUGAUUAUGCAAACACAAACAUGAUCACACUGCAGGGUGCUGGUGAAUUAGACAGUCGUGUUAAAGUUGUAAGUCUGUUAAUGCUACACCUGAGUGUGUUGCUGUGGUUUUACCACUGUGGCCUCCUCUCUCGCUCACCAUUGGAGGAUGCUAUUGAGGAAUGUCAUGUACCAUUUCCUGCUGAGCUCUUGUGUGGCAUUUAUAAAAACAGACGCUCGGAAAUCCAGAAUCUUAGCUCAUCUCUUGUUGGCAACGAGAUACUGAUGAUUGAUGGCCUGCUUGAAGACACAGUUGGAGGGUCAGGUGGAAGCAUAGGCAAGGCAUGGGAGAAAGAGGGUGGCAGUGGAAUGUAUCCUCCUCCCUCACUCCAUGCUGUCUUGGCCACCUUUCUCCUCCCUGAUGUAUCUACCACCACCAAACAUCGGAUUGUUCAGUAUCUUUUUCUUGAUCUUGCAUCCCUCUUAUCUGAUGGGUAUGUCAGAAUUGUAGAGGAACUUGUGAAAUAUCCCUCCAGUUUUUCACUGUCGCCAUCACAUAUAAAGCUAACACAGGCCUUCUGGCUUUUGGAUCAUAAAGAUUUUCAGGAGGGACUUAAUGUGUUGCUAGAUCCACUUGUCAACACAAAUGAUAUCACUUCUUGGCAACACCGGCGCAUUAUGAAGGCUUUUCUUUAUCAGGGUGAGCACAACAGAGCUCUUACAUAUGCUCAGAUUCGUCAGCCUCCCAAAGUAGACCUGGAUGAUAUAAGAUUACAUUUGACCCUCCUGCUGGCAAAUGGACUUAUUAGGGAGGCCUUCCACUAUCAACGCUCUCAUCGCAUCAGGGAUAAUACUGAGGAUCUUCUUAAUCACCUAUUUACUGAUGUCAUGUGGUGCAACAAGGAAUGUUGGUCCAAAAUGUGCCAUCUAUGCAAAGCCUCAGCCAUUGUCUGCACAGAUUCGUCAAGCUUCCUCAAGUCCUAAGUCUAAUGCUGCUGUCAUUAAUAGGAUGUUGGACAAUAGCCAAGAUAUAUGGUCUUCCGUGACAACCCCCACACCUUACACCCCAUUUAGGAACAAGGCUCAGAGGCGUAAAGCAUAUGACCUAUCUGAGACUGAGGAAGUUGCCAAUCUCUUCACACCAAAAAGGAAAAAUUCAAGAGAGACCUCUCAUGUGGUGUUUCCUUCCCGAGUUCAAGCAUCACAUUCUAAGUACAGUGAAGUGGAUGAGGGAGAGAUUGGACUUUAUAGUCCUGCUGUUAAAAGGAGAAGUUUGGGAGACUCGACUCUCUUACAUGAUGAUGUAUCGAAGCUGAUGGAUUCGGUAUUAAGAAAAAGCAUAUAUGGAGCCCCUGAGGCAAAUGUCAGCAUAUCCCAGAUUAUCUCUGCAGACUUGAUGUCUUUGCUACAAACUCCCAAGAUUAUGCACAGAAAGAAAUCUGGAGUGCGACCAAGUAUUGAAUCUCCACUUGUUGAUACUCCCCAAUCAAUACUUAAGGUGCGACAGAUGGUGCAAAGACCGCUAAGCCCAGCUCCAAUAAGUGAAUCGGUCAUCCCUGUGUUUCCACGACUCUCUGCCAAAAAGUCCAUUGGAGGAACACCUGAAGAUGCAUUACCAAGCCGGGCUAAUGAUUCUAGCCUGACACCCAAGCAACUGCGCUUCCAUCUUCCCAAAAUGAGAGUUGAUGAGCCUGUGGCAAAGAAACAAACUAUGGAUGAAAAGGAAGUUGAGGCUAAUCAUCAUUCUAUGACAGAGGAUGAGGACUCUGAGAAGGAAACACUGGACGAAGAGGAGCCAGAAAUGGAAGCAGAUGAUGAACACAAGGAGACAGAAAUGGAAGCAGAUGAUGAACACAAGGAGACAGAAAUGGAAGCACAGAACACAUUGUAUGAGACAGAAGCAAAGGAAAAGGGUAGAGAACGUGUUCUUGAAAAGUUAGAGGAAAUAACGCGUAAAUCCACCUCGCUGUUCCCUCACCGAGAUAUUCACACACGGAAGAUGAAUCCUCUAAGGAAUCCGGAUUCUGGGAUCCCAACGCCUCGUCAACCACUCCAUGGCUGUGUUGCCAAAACAUCUGGCACGUCACCUGUAUUACAUAAGAGCUUCUUUAAGGAGUGUGUAGAUGAAGAGGAGGCCCAUGAAGAAAAAGAAUAUUUCUUUGAAUAUGCAGGUAAAGACAGCACCAUCAAUGAUACAUUCUACAGCUUUACUGAAGAAGAGCCUCCAAAAGUAUGUGCCAAUUUGGAUUCUGAUGCAAGAAUUAGAAGUGAUGACGAAUUAGAUAGUAAUGAAGAAUUAGAAGGAGCAGAAAGAUCAAAAGAAGCCGAAGAGAGUGAAGCAGAAACAGAUAUAUUUAAUGAAUUUGAGGAUAGUGAAGAUGGAGCUGCAGAAAGAUCAAAAGAAGUUGGAGAUAGUGAAGAGGAUGUUGUGUGUGAGGAGAGGCAUGAAAGCAGUGAGGGGGAGUUACAGUGUGAUGUUGAAAAAUCUGUUGAGGAGGAUGAGGAGAAGGAUGGGGAGGAGGAGGAGGAAGAGGAGAAUGCUAAGCCUCAGGAAGAUGAUAAGGAGGUAGACUGUGGUAAGAUUCAUGGGAAUAUGGAUGAAGAAGGUAGUGAAAUUUCUGAGAAGGAAAAUACUGCUAUAUGUAAUGAAGUUACUGAAAAAAGACAAGAUGGGACAGUCUGGCAUGUUAAGCAUUCUGAUGUCAGUAAUUGUGAAGAAAUGUCCUAUACUUCUGGAACUGUCGAACAUUUGGAAAAAAUUGAGCAAGAUAAGAAAGGUACAGAAAAAAACAUUGGAAAUAUUACACAACACGAAGCUGAAAAUCACGAAAAUGAACUAAAUGUAUCUUUGAAUAAUUCUCAAAUCAUUAUUCCUCUUGAAUUUUCUGAUUCUGAGAGUGAACCAGAAAUAUCUGCUGCACAAAAUAACUCCAGUAAGAAGGUACAUGAUUUAAAGGAGACAGUAUAUGAUACAGUGCAAGCUAAACUAGAUACUAGGGGAAAAGAAGAAAAAUCCAUCAGUCAGGAAACUAAAUCACCCCAAAUUGAAAAGGAAAACAUCAUUGCUUCUCCAAGGAAAUUUGUCUUAGAAAAUUACUUAACUAAAGAGAAGACAGAAAAGACUACAUACAGAGAAAUAUUGUUAAGAACAAAAGAACCUUUAAGGCAAGAACAAAAUGAAGAUGAAAUUAAGAAAGAGGAAAUGACAGUGAUGAUAACUGAUAAAGCUGUGACAGAAACCUGUGUAGUUAAUAAACAGAUUAUGAAUGCAGAUAGUCAGAUUACUGAGGAUGAGGAAAUGAUUACCGAAACUAUAAGUGAAGACGAUAGGUGCAUUUCCUUUGAAACAUCUGAACACUUUAGUCCCUUGCAUUUCUCAGAUUCUGAGAGUGAAGAUAAUAGUAGCAAUGAAACAUCCUCUCAGGCUAAAGAUGUUGAAGUACAUGAGGAUAGAAUUGAUAAAGAAACAGUUAUGGAAAUUAAUAUUCAUGAACAACAUGGAGUUAAAGCCAAUAUUCCUGAAGAAAUAGGCAAGGAGCUAGAAGGUGUAGUAGCAGAUAAAGCAGUUGGGCUGAAAGAGGUUAUUGAAGGACAUAUUUCUAAACAAGACCAAGGUAAAGUAGCAGCAGACUUGGAAUUUUUGCCGGCCUUUUCAAAUGAGGUACAGGGAAGUGAUACCUCUAAUUUUGAAAUUUCAAGCGAGAUGGGUGAAAUAGUUACAGCUGCUUCUAAGCAUAAAGAAACUUUAAAUGACGUAAAUGAAGAAGAAACUGAAGCUGUUAUAGAAGACAGAGAAUUUACCCAAUCUAAUGGAAGUGUUCAUUUAGAUGAAUUUCCCCAAAUAUCUCAGUCUGAAAAGAAUACUAGUAAGACAGCUUUAGAACUAGAAGAUAAGGAUGAAAAAAGACAUUCAUUUAAAAAUCCAGUUCCUUUACUGCAGGAAACAGAUAUAGGAGGAAAUAUCCUUGAGACAGAGAGUGAGGAUAUAGAAAUGAAAGGCGAAAAUCAGUGUACUGACUUGGAGCCAGAGUGUACAAAUGGAGCUAAUGAAUUAAAAACUUUUGAUGAAAAACCAUAUGUUGACCAUAAUAUUGGAUCAAACUCUCAGUUACUGUCAAACUCUUCACAUGAAUCCAUGGAACUAGGACACUCAGCAGUGACAGAUCAACAGAAAGAGCCAGUUGCAACUAUACUAGAAAAUGAUACAAAGAUCACUUUGGACAGAAAUUUCUUUACUAAUAAUGCAGAGGAAACUUUGGCAUCAGUAUCACCAAAGAAAACUGAUGUUGCAGACUCUGCAAGUAAAAUUGAAAGAAAUACCUUAUUAUCAAGUAGUUCAAGAACUAACAAUGCUCAAGACACUUGUGGCAAUGAAAGUUCCCCAAAAAUUUCUGUGACAAAUUUGAGUCGGACUGAUGUUCCAAAUAUGCAAGCAUUACCUGCCAGGGAAGUAAUUCCAGCAGUCUCUACAAAGAAAAGUUCUGGGCUUGCUAGCUCUGCAUCCAUUCCUCUUAAAAUUAGUGAGGAAAAAGACUUUACAAUUUCCACAAGCACAGGUUCAAAACUUCCUGAUAUUAUAAUAACCACCACUACAGAGACAAGUUUGAAAGGUGUUGCAACAGAAUCUCCUUCAACACCAAAGAGAAGCUUGAGACAAAGUGACACUACAAAUAAGUCACCUAAAACUCAAGAAGAGGUAUGUGUACAAGCUUCACCAAAGAAAUUCUUGAAACAGAGUGACAAUGAAGACACUUCUACCAUUGCUAGCAAGGAAACAGAUUUAACGGUAUUGACAAAGACAAGCUCAAGACAAUAUGAUAAUAGAGAUUCUUGUACCAAAUCUGUUGAAGGAACUGUCCUAGCAGUUUCACCUAAAUUGAUUUCAGAACAUGAAUCUGAAGUUACACUUGAAGUUGAAGAGAAGAUUGCUUUGAAACCCUCACUGCUAAAGGGAACAGAAAUUAAUCUUCCAGCUACUCCUACCAAGCCCUUGGAGAAACAAAUUAUAGAAACACCACCUAAAGCUUAUAAAACAAGCCCGUCAAGUAAAACUGCAAAAGGAACCCCUUUGAGGCGAAGUCUUAGGCUUAGUACCUCAUCACCUUCUACUCCUGAGAUGAUGACCCGAUCUGGAAGAAAAAUUCUCCAAGUUCGAACACCAGUCACAAAAUCAAGAUCAUCAUCAAGAACACCCCGCAUCACUCCCUCUAAAAGACCCAAAGAAGACUUGGUAGAUACUGAAGAACUACAGAAAGUCUCCCAGAAAUUAGAUUUAUCCUCUCAAAAUGUCUCUUGCAGUGCAGCACUUCCUGCAUUAGAUCUCGAUGUUUCUUCAAUACCACCUACUCAGCAUGUGUUGCCUCUUACUGUAUCACCAACUGCAAGGCAAAAUACUGGGGAAAUUGCUGUGGUCACGCCAAGUAGACCAAGGAGACGAUCUACUCGAAAAAGUAUUUCAGAAGAAAUUUUAGAAACUAUUGUAGAAGAAAAAGAUAAAGCUACAUUACCCACAGAUUUAGAAAUUGAGGGCAAAGGUGAACCUCUCAAAAUCAAUACCCCACUUAAAGACAUGCCUUUAAAAUCCACUCCAACUAAAGCUACCCCAUCAAGAACUAGGAGGUCUACAAGACGAAGUUCAGCUUCUGAAGGCUUAGAAACUAUUGCAGAGGAUGUAGAAAAUUCUUGUUCGCUGAAAACCUCCCCAAAAGACCAUAUUGCAGGAGCGAGUAAAACCCCAAUUCGCAGGAGACGAAAGUCUGUUAUUGGUGAUGUUGCUGUAGAUAUCCCGGAAAAGAAGACACCUCGAAAAAGACGGCAGUCUCUUUCUGGAGGUGAUGUUUCAGACAUCUUUCGCAAGGAUCUACAUGGCAGUGUUGAGGAUAAACCAGAAACCAAAGUAGCCCCAAUGGAGGAACACAUUUCAUUAUUGGGGACUGAUUUAACUAGAAGUGUUACCAGAAGAACACGCAGACAAUCACGUUCAGACGAAGAGCAUUCAAAAUUAGAAGAUAUAAGAACAUCAUCGCCGAUGACUCGUACUCGUGCAUCACUUCUGGAGGUUGCCCAGAGUUCUCCAGAUAGAAUGUCCACCAGAUCCAGUGGAACUGCUUCUUUAACCAGCAUGAAAGAUUCUGAAAGCAGCGAAGAGGAUGAGAGACUCCUCAAAAAACGUUUUUCAAAGCGGCAAUCAGAAGGUGGCAAGCUUUUAAAAGCAGUCAAUCCAGUCAUUGAGGAGCUAUCCAUUGGACAUCGGAAAAGUCGAAGGCUUACUCUAUCCUCAACACUCUCUACAACUGCUCAACUGCAAUUACAAGAACAUUCUAGUAAACCCUCUCGAAAGUCUAUGAAAUCUCUGAAGAUUUAUUCUGAUUCGGAUGAAACCACUUCAUUCUUGACACCUGACCCUGAACGCAAGAGUCAUUCCCAUUCAUCCAGAACAUCUCGAGCAGCAUCCACAUCCGUAUUACUCAUUGAUGGUUCAAAUGAUGAAGAAGAAUUGUUUUUAGAGGUUGGAAUGGAUACUGCAAAUGAGGCAGAUGAUGAAGCAAAUUGCUGUGAGGUACAGGAGAGCCCAGACCUACCAUUGAACUUAAUUGAGGUUGACAAGGGGAAAAGUAAAAGGCAAAAGAGUAGCCGCUCAGUAGUUCACAGAGGAAGGAGGAAGACGGUACUACCCAGACGUUCCUUGCACACACUCAAGAUCCAUACAGAAACAUCUAAGGACCAAGAAGAUAGCUCGGAACUAGAAACCACUUCCACCAAGAAACCAAGAUCUACUCUCAGAUCAUCUGACACAUCGAUAUUAGGCUUGGAGUUGGAUAUAAAAGAGAAAGUGGAGGACAGACCUGGGUGUCAGGUAACAGAAGAUGAUGGUAAAGAAAAUGGAAUAACUAAGGAAAAGGAAGGAGAAAAGGUUACUCUAAAAGAUCAAGAAAUGCCAAAGGCUCAUGAAGAAAACAGAGAGAAGGAAGUGGCAGUUAUAGAAACAAUAGCAGAACUAGAGGAAAAACAGAAAGAUGAAACAGUGAAGGAACCUACUGCACUUCAGUUUGAGUUUUCUAAGCCUAAAUCUGUUGCUAGUUCAAGAAAAGUUCGAGCUUUGGAGUACCUUACCAGUGAAGCUGUAGAGUUCCUGUUUUCUCCCCCUCAGACUGCUGGAAGAAUUGUCAAAUAUCAUGCAAAGAUUGAGGAAGGUAAGAAGAACUCUGGUGACUGAAGUAUAGAUUGAGCCAAGAAAUAAUCUUCAACAAGAAAUCAGAAAUAAUAUGCAGCCUUCACUAAAUACUGUUGCUAUGUGCAGUAUGGUAAACCAUGAAUGGUGUGUGUGAUAAUAUUUUAUCUAAUUAUUAAUAGCAUCAGUGUUCCUACAGCUUAUUCAAUGACAUGUGCUACUUAGUGUUUUAAAUAACAUGAAUGAACAGAUACCAACAUUUCUGAUAAACAGUUCUGCUAAGAAUAUUGUAGCCUUAAUGAUUUGAAGUGGAAAGGAAAUGUUUCAUGUAAUGGUGUGUUGACCUUGACAUCUUAGAAGAAGAAAGCAAUGGACUUGUAAGAUACAUUAGUCUCCUCUUUAUUUUUCUAGAUUUUUAAGGUAAUGGUUUUCUGUUCUGUUGAAAAUAAGAAUAAAGUAGAUUUCCAGAUAAAUUAAGAGGUAUAUAUUUUGAUAAAAAAAAUUAUUUUAAGAUACAGUACUUUUUGAUUUGGAUAAUUAUAUAUAUAUAUAUAUAUAUAUAUAUAUAUAUAGAAAUUCUUACCUAAAGACAGUUACCAAAAGCUAAGUAAAUUGCUGAAGACCUAACAAAAAAGGUAUGUGGGGGAGGUAAGGGGUUUUUGUCAAGUAAUACACAUCAUUAGCUUUGUAUUGUACAAUGAAGUCUUUAUUUAAAAACAAAAUUGAUAACACUGAGGCAAUGGUGAAUUGUAUAGUAAAAGUGCUCUUACUAAAAUAAACUGUGGGAAGUGUGUUUGUCCUAUAUGGUUAUCAGAACAUACUGCUCUGAAAAGAUAUUCAUUAUUCUCACUAUAUCUAAGUCCUUUAUAUUUGCCAUUGCUGUAAUGCAGUAUCUUACUAAUUUAGUUGUUUUAGGUAUUGUGUGCUAUUUUGUUCACCUUUUCUAUUGAUGAGGUUGAACCUAACAAGGCUGUGAUAAAUAUAUUAAUUGCAACAUGCUUUACUAUUAUUUUGGGAUUAAUAUGUAAAUUAUACAUUUGGUAGAGAAAAGGCAAAGUCCCAUUUACCAAGGUUUGGGUGUUGAUAUAUCCUGAUGUAAUCCUGCAGCUGACUUUUUAUAUCCAGAAAUCCACGUCAUUAAUUUUACCACGUAUAAGUAGAGUAGUAUGUAACAUGCUUCUCAUUUUGAAGAACCUAAUAUGUGUAAAAAUUAAUUAUUUGUGUGUAAAAAUUAAUUAUUUAUAGUUAUGGUUAAAUGAGUUAGGACUGUAUAUGCUUAAACCACAGCAUGAGAAAUUUACAACAUAUUUAUUUGCCUGCUUAAAAAGUAAUAUUAGACCAGCACAUGCAAACUAUCAGAUAUUAAGAUUAAGUUAUUUAUAAAAAAAAAUAGUAGCAGUGCUGGUAAAAUUUGAAGCUAGAGUUAGUUUUGGUCAAUCUUGGAGGGCAAUAGGUAUAUAUAAACUUCCUCAUUAAUGCUCGUUAUGAAUGGUUUGUUGAAAUAUUGAAUCUUCGGCAAAUAUUUUUUCAAGUAUUGUGUUUUUUAUGUAGAAUCAAGGAGUUUCGUAGAAUUUUUUCGAUCAGUGUACUUGGGUCACUGGAAUUAGUGAUUUUUUUUUUUUUUAGUACAUAAUGUUACUGUAUUAGGAAAACGUAAGAUCAGUGUCAUUUUGUAAUUUUAUACUAUAAGCUCAUUUUUAACUAGGUUUUUCAUAAAGUUUGGAAGACUGAAUUAAGGCUUUUAUAAACGAGACCAGUGGUAGUUUCAGGUGCGCAAGUGUUUUGCGUAUCUAUUCUGAUGUACAGUACUUAAAAUGUAUCAUAAUACACUUAUUUUGGUAUGUAGAUUGUUAAUUUGUAUAUCUGACAUAGCUUUAAAAAAGAACAAAUAACUUCAUAUUAAGUAAUGUUUUACAGCAUUUAGUAAUUGAAGCACAGUACAGUAUAAUGUGCCCAGAACCACUGUUUCUUCUGGAAGAUGAUUGUGCUUUAUUCACAAGGUAGCAUUGUAGGAUAUGAUGAUUUGUAUUUGUCUUGACAUCUGCCUGUCCAAUUCGGGUAUACUAUAAUUAUAUAAAAUAUAGUCAUACUGAAAGAAUAUUAAUUAUUUGGUUAGAUAAAUUAUCAGCUUCAUGAAAAGUUAAUAGUAUUAUAUAAUUAAUGUACUAUGGUAGUGUAAGCAUUCAGAAUGAACUGCAACAUUUUAUUUUGUUAGGAUGUGUAUGCUUUUAAAUAUUAAAGAUGAGCUUCAUUAUAACAUUUAUUUUAUUUGUUAUAACUGUGGUGAAAUUCAAAUUUGUGCUUACAGUAAUACACGAAUACUUGUCACGUAGUAUCCAAAUUGGUAUUGGAUUUUUUGUAAAAAAAAAAAAAAAAAACGGAGAAUAUAGUAAAAUUAACUUUCCGGUAAACACUUAAACAUAGACAAAGUUCUAAAUAAGAAUGUUUAAUUUUAAUCAGGCCUUGUCAAGGAGGAACCCCCUUGGUGUGGCAAAAGGACUUUUGAUUCUAGGAAUUAGACCCCUCAUCUCUUUCCUCAGAUUGAAUAUAAAUACCACCACCUCUCACCAUUUUGCCUCUAGUUGGGGAUAUUUCCACCUCUUGAAUUUCAGCUCCUAAGCAGAGGAAAAAGGAUUUUGUUUUCCAUCCUAUUCUAUUGAGGACUUUGGCAGUAAUGCUGCUUGCCUGAGAGAUUGGAUUAUCUGGGUAUGUGCUGGGGACCCUGUGGGUGGCCCUGGCAUUUCUGACCACCCAGUAGGGUAGGGAGAAAGAUGGUUUCCUUGCAGAGAGCACCACUAGUCACAUAAGGGUACUCUUGGAUCCAGAGGGGGAGAUAAAUUUUUAUUUUUUCUCUGAGCUGCCCCUCUCAUCUGCCUGUUUUUCAAGUAAAGAAAAAUAAAAAUAAUUAUGAA